UUCCGCGGCGAGUCGGGCUUCUCGUUGCUGCAGCGCAGCGGCUCCUCGCUGGUGCGGCGGCUGUGCGGGCACCUGGGCGCGGGCGCGGUGCUCACGGAGCUGAGCGGCAUCCUGGCGGCGGAGCGGGACAUGGGCUUCGCGGCGACCAUGGUGUCGGUGCUGAACCUCAUCUUGCUGACGGGUCCGGAGCUCGCCGAGCUGCGCAACCAGCUGCGCCGGGCCUCCCAGGACCCCGCCGGCGCCCAGCUCUUCCGCGUGCUAUACCCCUCCUGGGCCACCAGCGCGGGCGCGCUGCUGAGCCUGUGUUUCGUGGCGCAGGCGUACGAGCACGCGGUGGAGGUGGUGGGAGCAUUCGCGGAGCUGCCCUUUGGGGCGGAGCUGCUGGUGCAGAUCGACCGGCUGGUGGCGCUGCUUGAGACGCCCUGCUUCACCUUCCUGCGGCUGCAGCUGCUGGAGCCGCGGCGCCACCCCGCGCUGCUGCGGGCGCUGUACGGGCUGCUGAUGCUGCUGCCGCAGUGCAACGCAUUCAGGAUGCUCAAUACACGGCUGCAGGCUGUUCCCACGCUUCAGCUGCUACAGCUCGAUAACGGUCUUGGGGCCAGCAGUCUGGGGCAGCCCCCACCUGGUGCCUCCCUCGGCACCUCCUCAUCACAAGCGCCUGCCCCACGCGCGCCAGAAGACUCGCAACCCGCCACUGCUGCUGCUGCUGCUGCUGCUGCUGCAUCGUCCUCGUCCUCAUGGGCCGAUUUUGGAGCCCUAAUGAAGGUUUUCCGCGCGGCCCAAGUACGGCAGUACGAGGCUUACGUUGUACAACGCCAACCGCCACCGUUACUGCCCAUCGGUACCUCCGGCAUGGGUGUUACCUUUGCUGUCAACAUAACCGACCGCCCCACCACGCUAUCCACGGCAGACACAGGCGGCGUGCCCUGUCUCACGAUUGCCACGUUGAAUGGUGUGCCUAUCGGAGCCGCUGGCAACAGUAUCAGCAGCGGCGGCGGUGGAGGUGGCGAUGGCAGCAGCUCCGCUGCCCCCGUCAGCACACCUGUCGCCGCUGGUUCAGCAGCCGGCGGCGGCAGCAAGGGCGGUAGCGGGGGCAGCCCCUUCGCCGCCCUGGCUGCAGCUGACGAGCAGCAGCAGCGGCAACAUGAAGAGGAACCUCUUCUAAACCCACAACAGCAGCAGCAGCAGGAGCAGCUAGGGUUCCAGCAUCAGCAGUCAGGACAGUUGCAGCUGCUGCAACAGCAGGAACAGCAGCAAUACCUGAUGUCAGGUAUGCAGGAUGUGGGGCUGGGUGGGGGGCCGCAGUCGCUCGCAUCCGUGCAGCAGCCUGAGCAGCCAGGGCUGGGGUCUGGGACAGGAGCAGGUGGGGACGACGUCGCGACAGCAGGAUCGGAAGCGGUGGGAACAGGAGGUGCAGCAGCAGCAGUUGCGGGAGUUGGUGCCUCUGGGAGGCUCAUGUUUGCAGAUGAGCUGCUGCAGUAGCACCAUCGUGACGGCGGCAGCAACGGCAACUGCCGCAGCACGGCUAAAGCAGAGGAGCAACAACAGCCCCGUGGGUCAUCGGCGGGCACGACAGGGGUAACCUAGCAGCAGGUACAAAAGCAGGGCCUGUGACCGUCAUAGAAGAAGCGCCGAACAUUAAAGGCAUCAGUAGCAUCAGAUGACGGUGCGGCGGCUUGCAGGGUAACGGUAAAACCCGUUCCUCGUGGCGCGUGAACACGUUUGGUUCUUGGUUCCAGACCGCGGAUGCAGUUUCAGGUGCAAUGUGCAGUGCAGGAUGGGGGUAAUCAGGAUGGGUUAUAUGUUCUGCGGUGCAUAGAAUGAGAGGGAGCGUGGGAAGGUUAGCUUAUUGGCCUCAGGGGCCUUGCAAGGCAUUGCUUGCGUAU